AUGGCGAGACUUACUCAACUUUCAGCAAGUGAACAGAAUGCCGUUAAACAUCAUCAUGUCCGAGUCCGCCCAGGACCAAAACCUAAGUCAAUCAAGGACCGGGUCCUCCAGUCAAAUGGAAUCCAACCAAUCCGGAAACAAGAGCGUUCAUGGAGCCAGAAGCAGAAGAUACGGGCUUUGGUGUUCCUCUAUCAUCAUCGCAUACCUCUAGCUACUAGUGGUAAAUUGCGUCCACCAACACAGGCAGAGGCAUCACUUCUGUUCGGUGUUCCUCAACGUACGUUGAGUGACUGGGUGAGAAAGCAAGACCAGAUAGAAUUGGUAGCUAAGGGUAGUUCAGCACGCACUGUACACUUACAACAUACGAUCUGUAAAUGGCCUGAGCUAGAACGACAAUUGUACUGUUUGUUUUUGGAGUGCAGAGAAAAAGGUCAAGCUGUUCGUCGUGGUUGGUUUAGAUUGCAUUCAGAUGAGAUUUUUCGAGAGCUGUUCCCUUCCGUUGGUACUCAGCUAUCACUUUUCCGCUUUUCCAAUGGCUGGUUUGCUCGCUUUUUGGGACGGUACCGUAUCAGUCUUCGGUGUAUCACCAAAACUGCUCAGAAAAUUCCCGAGGAUUACCGUAACUUGAUUAUCAGCUGGCUACAAUUUAAUCGCCGCAAUUCUCAAUUUGAUCCUUAUGAGUUUUACUCACACCGCGUACCUGUUGGUGGAGGUUUUAUUCGACGCCAAAACCGAUACGAUCUCGCGAACAUCUGCAAUCUUGAUGAAACACCAAUCCCUUUCGAGUACUUAUCCGGUAGAACUUCUAAUCUAAUCGGAGACAAAACUAUAUGGGUUAAAGAAACAAGAAGCGGCUGGGAUAAGAGACAGGCAAGUCUCGUACUGUGUAUCUUUGCGGAUGGGGUCAAUAGGAUACCGCCUAUGAUUAUAUUCCAUGGACAAGGCAAAAGAUUGGGCAAGGAACAAGCCAAAUACCACCCCGGUGUUCUUGUUGAGUUCAACGAUACUGCAUACAUGACGGAGGUUCUGUUCAUCAAAUAUAUUGAAAUGUAUUUGAUUCCAGCAUUGAAUGGCAAACCUUCACUAUUUGCUAUGGAUCUCUGCACAUCCCAUAAGACUCCUGCCGUCCUCGAAAUCCUGCGAUCAAAACAAAUUACACCAAGCCUGAUUCCCGCUGGAUGCACUAGCUUAGUGCAGCCUCUCGAUGUCUCAAUUAAUAAACCUCUUAAAGAAUAUAUACGUACAUUGACAGAGGAAGCAAUCAGGGACUGUGAGAGUGUGGAGAGGGUUGAAAAAUGGACUGUUAGUGAUAGGCGAAUACUUACUACAUGGAGUGUUGGGGACGCUUGGUAUCUUUUUGCAGUUGAAAAGGAUGAAUUGAUUAGAAGGGUCUUCCGUAAAGUGGGUCUUUCUCUCGCUGCAGAUGGCAGCCAGGACGAAGAGUUGGAUAUUAAGGGGUUCAAAAGUAUAGAAAUUGGCGACUGGAAACUAUCUGGAUCACUACCCGCAACUCUAACAACUUUCGAAAACUUAUACCAACCCGUUCCUCUUGAUUUUGCAGAUGUAGAUAUAGAACAUGAUGAGAACAAGUCUGUAGAAUUUAUAGCCUAUGGAGAAUAA